UGUGUGAGAGAGAGAGAGUGUGUGUGUGUGUGUGUGUGUGUGAGAGAGAGAGAGAGAGAGAGAGAGAGAGAGAGAGUGUGUGUGUGUGAGUGAGAGAGAGAGAGUGUGUGUGUGUGUGUGAGUGAGAGAGUGUGUGUGUGUGCUGUUAAACCCAGAGUCAGAGAGUCUCAGAUACAUUGAGGACAGUGACAUCAUGGGGAACGGAGUUAAUAAGGUACUGCCUGAUCUGUAUUUGGGCAACUUUAAAGAUGCCAGAGACAGAGAGCAGCUGGCGAGGAACAACAUCACACACAUCCUGUCCAUUCAUGACACAGCGGCGCCCAUCUUACAAGAGAUGACCUAUCUCUGCAUCCCGGCUGCUGAUCUUCCCACGCAGGACCUGAAGAAGCAUUUCAAACAGAGCAUCAGAUUUAUGCAUGAGUGCAGGCUGAAAGGAGAAGGAUGUCUGGUCCACUGUCUGGCGGGUGUGUCACGCAGCGUUACUCUGGUCGUGGCUUACAUCAUGACAGUGACGGGUCUGGGCUGGAAGGAGGCGCUGACAGCGGUCAGGGUGGCACGGCCCUGCGCCACGCCCAACCCUGGCUUCCAGAAACAGCUGCAGGAGUUUCAGAGCACACAAGCGGAAGAGUUUCGUGAUUGGCUGAGAAGGGAGUAUAAAGAGAAUCCCUUUAAUGACGAGGAGCACAUGCGCAACCUGCUGGCUCAGGCCUCCAGCAACAGCGCAGGAACCGAGAGCAAAUCCACGGACACAUGAAGACCGAGCCGAGCUGAGAUUCCCACUCGGAGCCUUCCAGCUUCUUCACUGUGCUGCUUCAGAGAGGGUCAUCACAUCCUGGGCUCCAGCUGUUCCUUUACUUACUGUCUCUUCAUUUGUACAUAAACAAUGCUGAUGUUUUUACUGUAAUAAACCUAAUUCA